AUGUCUCAGGCAGACGUCGACGUGCACGCCGUCGAACAGGCGACGCGGGAAAUCAUCAAGCAGGCCAACGCGGACGGGACCAUCGAUGAGCUGACGCCACGGCUUGUGCGCAAGCGGGUUGAGGAGCGGCUCGCGUUGACACCUGGGGCGCUGGACGAGGACGAGCACAAGGCGCGCGUGAAGGCUGUGGUGGCUGCUACGAUGGAGGAGCUGGAAGGGGUGAAAAGUGAAGAAGAGCCAAAUGCAAAGCCUGCGAGGAAGCGCAAGUCUGCAGCAGAUGACGUGGGCAAGAAGCCGCGGUCGAAGGUCAAGGCCGCCGCAAAAACCAAGGAGAAGGAGAAGGCACCCUCGAAGAGAGCAGGGAAAGGUGCCAAGGCCAAGGUCACGCGGUCCCCGUCUGUUAUACCAUCUGACAGCGAGAACGAAGACAGCUAUCAGCCUUCUGGCGACGCGGCGCCAAAGGCGAAAUCAACACCUGCGAAGAAGAGCAAGAAGGCUGUGGUCUCGGACGAGGAGCCCGAGGAGGGGCCAUCCGGACCUCCGCAGAAGCGCCGAAAGACGUCCACCGAGAUCAGCUUAGACGUCGACCCUGCAGCGAAACCGUCGUCUUCCCGGGACAAGCCCGAGUCGACAAUGGAAUCAGCAUCGUCGAAUGUUGUCGAUCAGCCAUCGUCGCCCACUGCCGUAGAGACCCAACGGGAUGGCUCGGAGCCAACGACGGCUGUCGAGAAGGACGACGGGGAUAAGAGUGAGUCAGAGAUGUCAGUGUUGAUCGACGAACCCCCGAAGAGGGGUCGCAAGAGGAGUGGAAAGGAUGGCGAGACAAAGACCAAGGCAAAAAGAGAGCCUAAGGAGAAGAAGUCCAAGCCGCCUGCAAAGGAGCUGUCAAAAGAUGAAGAGACCGUCAAACGGCUGAAGUCUCUUGUUGUGGCGUGUGGUGUGCGCAGAGUCUGGGCGAAAGAGUUCAAGGACCUUGAGCGCCCCUCCGACCAAAUCAAGCGGCUGAAGCAGAUUCUGGCUGACCUGGGCAUGACAGGCCGCAUGAGCCUCGAACAAGCGAAGGCGAUCCGUGAGAAGAGGGAAUUGGCACAGGAGCUUGAGGAUGUACAGACCUUCGCCAAGGCAAUCGAGACGGGUCCUGGGUCGAAGCGUAGCCGGACGAAGGUGCAGCGACAGCAGCAGGUAUCGGAUGACGAAGAGUCGGAAGCAGAGUCUGCGGGUGCACCAAAACGACGGGCGAACGCUCGCCAAAGCAUCAUGGCAUUCUUGGGUGACCAAAGUGAUGAUGA